AUGGAGGUUGCACUCACCAAUCAUGAUACACAACUCAAGGACCAGCAAAUUUCCCUGAGAGAGCCUGAUGUGGAACUAUCACACCAGGAAGAUAGAACAGUGAUCGACCGAAGCAUACAGUUGACCAAAACGCUGCAGGAAGUGUGUCGAAAUACUCUCGCAGCAACUAAAGCAAAGCGGACUGGUCAGACCUUCGGUGAUAUGUUGACAGACGACAAUUCCAAGGCAAUGCAGGGCAUAGUUGGCGCACCACAGGCCAAUGUCAAACAGUCUUUCGGGAAAUUAACUGUUACGAAGGGCAGCAGGGGAUUUUAG